AUAUCAGGGUGAUAAACCCGUACAAAAACUGAUUAUUUUGAGCCCCUAAUCUAAAUCAAAUUUUUUAAUUGCUUCAAUUAAGUUAGUUGGAUUGAAAUUCCAGGGUUGGUACUGCUGGUCACUGGCUGAAAAUCCCUAGCCCCUCCAAAUUUCCAGUGUUUAUAUAACCCCUUUGAAAUGUUUUCGAGGUGAUAAGACCGUUAAAUCGUUAUCCUUGUGACCUUGGGCGUAAUUCUGUCCCCAAAACCCUUUAUUUCGGCCUUAACCUCACCUUUCCUGUCAUCUGUCAUUCCUAACUGUCAUUGAUAACAGCCCCCAAAAACGAAAAAAACGCCACCAUGUCGUUCGCUCUCCGCGUCAAGACCAAAACCGGUCAACAAGUGAUCAAAAACCUGACCCCUGAGCACACAAUCAAAGACUUGAAACACCAACUAUGUUCCAUGUCCCAGAUCCCCCAGGAACGCCUCCACGUCCUGUCUGGGUACCCCCCGAAGGUGUUCGCCUUGAGUGAGGACAGUCUCGAGUUGGGUCGCAGCGGUCUCAAGUCGGGUGACACUCUAAUCCUGGAGGAAAAGGCGCCGCCCCCUGAACGGGGGCACAUCAGUGAGGUGGACUGUCCCGGCAUUCUGAUGAAGAAAGUGGUCCCGGCGGACAACUCGUGUCUUUUCAGUAGCAUUUAUUUCGCCUUGAAUGGGAAAUUGGACGAGAGCGGCACGGCAGCCCCCUAUAUGAGACAAGUGAUCGCCGAGACGGUGGCCAACGAGCCCGAGAUGUUCUCCGAGGCGAUUCUAGGGAAGCCCAAUCGCGAGUACUGCGCGUGGAUCCAGGAUGAUAAGUCCUGGGGGGGCGCCAUCGAGUUGGCCAUCCUCUCGAACCAUUAUGGGUUCGAAAUCGCCGUCGUGGACACCAUCAACGCCAUCAUCAACCGGUUUGGGGAGGACCAACACUACACUCUGCGAAUUUUCCUCAUGUUUGAUGGCAUUCACUAUGACCCCCUUUUUCUGGAGUCCCUCGAUGGGGCCAACAUACAGACGAUUUUCCCCACAGAUGACGAGAAAAUACUGAAUGAGGCACAGGAGUUGGCACGCGAGGCGAAGUCGAGUCGACAAUUCACUGAUGUUAACAAAUUUACACUCAAAUGUAUGAAUUGUAAUGUUUUUUUAAAUGGACAAUUGCAGGCCAGGGAGCAUGCGCAGACCACGGGACAUACCAACUUCGGAGAGGUCUAGCCCUGACCUGGAAUUUCAAAACGCUAGAUUUUUUAUUGGAUUAUUGUACUAAUUUAUUAAGAAGUAAAUAACACUAAUUUAUA